AUGACAGAACAGGAGUACAUUGAUUGUCUGUCAAUUGGUGAAUGGGUCAAAAGAACAAGAGAGGAUACAGAAAUGAAGAAAAUGAUUUUCAUGCCUAGUGAGGGUGAAUUGACGCUAGCAAAUGGCCAAUGCGGAGACAGAGAAACGACCAAUGUUACCGCAAGUGUUCCCCGUCGUGCACUUUGCUACCCAACCUCUAAAAAAGCAUGUUGUUCUAAUAAUCAUUGUGAAACCAUGACAAUCGACCAGUGUCAAUGUAAAGGAUGUUUUGACCUAAGAACGCGUCUUCAUGUCGAGAAAUACGUCUGGCAACCAGGCUCGAAACAGUGUCCUAUAACAUAUUUCGACACAACGUCAGCAUGUAAUAUGUUUGCCAAAAGAAAAUUAAAACAUAUAAUAUGUGUUGGGGAUUCACUUGUUAGGCACUUCCAUACUGCGCUACUGAUAGUUCUAAGCGGUAAUCUAGAAUCUGGAGGCAUGCACCCUAACACUAAUCCAGAGAAGAAAAAGUCGUGCGGUUACUAUGCGCAGUUUGAAGAAAAAACUUGUCGACUACUGAUUCAACAUAGAAGAAAGAUUUGUAAUUCAACCGUCACAUUAAGUUUAAGAUAUGACUACUCAUUACCAACUUUACAGAAUUCUGUCAAUUUCAUCAGAGAAAAAGAGGGCCAGGUUAUUAUUUUCUCUAACGGCCUUCACAACAAUUUUGAUUUACCAAAAACAAAGUUAGCUUUGCACAAAUACUUAGAAACAUUGGGUAGUAAAAUCUUUAAGCGAAACAAAAUGGAUAAUCAUACCACACCAAGAAUGGUAUUUAUGAGCCCACACCUUCCCGGUCUUAUGAAAAGUCCCCGAUAUUGGAAUACCCAAGGGACUAAGAAUGUGACAACGUACACAUCUGAAAUGCGAACAUUUCUAUCAAAAUACAAUAUUCCAACAUUUAAUACCCAUGUAUUGACUAACCAUUCAUUCAGCUUCGAUGGCACCCACUUUGGUUAUGGACUUAACCACCAAUUGGCCCAGACGCUGCUGAACUAUAUAAGUCAACAUGAAUGGGGAGCUGAUUAGGAUAACAUUUUUAGAAAUGAUACCAUUUCAGAGAUUUGUUUAGGGAGCAACUCCCUUAAAUUCACAUUUCCGUAAACUCUCUCUACUUAGCCAUUUUAAUAAUGGGCAAUGGGUAGGUUUUUUCUCACUCUUC